UGCUCCCGUAAGUUCGAAGCACCGACAUGGUGUGAGAACCCUUCAAGGACUGACGCCUUACUUGUCCCCUAAAUCAUUUAUCCGCCACAUGUUUAUCUGCUCGUUUAUUUGCUCUGGAUCCAUUCUGGGUCCAUCCGCUGCCCCACCUGUCCAAAUCCUUACUUCUCUCCAGCGGUGCCGGUGCCAGUGCAUCUGGUGUCCUAAAGAAUUCGGAUUGAUAUCCGAACACAGGAGUGGUAGACGACGAGAGGGUGAAACCUUGGAGGGACGAUGUUCUACUAUCCCAAUGUGCUUCAGCGCCACACCGGCUGCUUUGCCACCAUUUGGCUGGCAGCAACUCGUGGCAGCCGGUUGGUGAAGCGUGAAUACCUGAAGGUGAAUGUGGUGAAGACCUGUGAGGAAAUCCUCAGUUACGUGCUGGUACAAGUGGAACCCCCGCAGCCCGGUCUGCCGCGCCCCCGCUUCUCUCUCUAUCUCUCAGCCCAGCUCCAGAUCGGCGUGAUCCGGGUCUACUCACAACAAUGCCAGUACCUCGUAGAGGACAUUCAGCACAUCUUGGAGCGCCUGCAUCGUGCCCAGUUGCAGAUCCGCAUAGAUAUGGUGGACACUGACCUACCCAGCCUGUUGCUUCCUAACCGCCUGGACAUGAUGGAGAUCCUGGAAGAUGCUCCAGACCCCUUUUUUGGGAUGAUGUCUGUGGAUCCCAGACUUCCCAGCCCCUUCCACAUACCUCAGAUUCGGCACCUUUUGGAGACUGUGACCCCAGAGAGAGUUCCUGAGAAGAUCCCUCCUGAAGUCCCUACAGAGCCAGAGAAGCCGGACAGGAUCCCGGUCACUGUCCUGCCUCCAGAGGCCAUCACACUCCAGGAGGCAGAGCCCAUACGCAUGCUGCCAAUUGAAGGUGAACCAGACCUCCCAGAGAUUAGCCGUCGAGACCUGGACCUGCUCAUUGCUGAGCCAGAUGAAGCUAUCUUGUUGGAGGAAAAAGUGUCCAGGGAAGAACCCCGGGCCCCAGAAAUGGAAAUUGCAGUUCCCUCACUGUCACCUCCAGCUCUUCCACAGGUGGAAGGAGUAGCAGAGCUACUCCCAGGCCCAGUCCUGGCCCCAGAGGAGGAGAAGCCAGCAGUCUGGGAGCCUGAGGUCCCACUUGCUGGUGAGGAGCCCCCAUGCCUGGAUCCUUCCUGGGGGCAUCUGCACAGCUGCUGCAGACAAGGGCCCUGUAUACCCACAUGCUAAAGACAGAACCCCCUCUAUCUUCUUGCUCUGGGUGGCUCUGAGGGUGGAGGGUGUGAGGCGGCGGCAGGACCUAAGUGUGUUAUUGCAGAGGUGACACCCCCACUCCCGGAGGAGCUGCGUCUCCCAGCCCCACCCAGCCCAGAGAGGAGGCCCCCAGCUGUUCCACCUGUUCGCCGUCGUGGUCGCCGCCGCCAGUUACUGUUCUGGGACAAGGAGACUCAGAUCUCCCGGGAGGAUUUCCAGAAACAACUGCAAACCAGAGCUCACUGCUGGGAGUGUCCAAUGGUGCAGCCCCCAGAGAGGACCAUCAGAAGCCCCACGGAGCUCUUCCAAACCCCAACUUACUCUGGCUGGCUACCCCCAGAGCUGAUGGCUGUCUGGACCCACUGUGCUCAGCCACCCCCAAGAGCACUUAGGCGAAUGCCACCCCCGGAGCCCGAAGAGGAGGCUAUGAGGGAGGCAGCAGCUGAAGAGGAAAGGAGAAAGAUGGAAAUUCCGAGUGAUAUCGAGGUCCUGAGGGAGGCCCAGGAGCCCAGUGGGCCCCUUAUGGUGUCCUCAGAGCUCUCCAUAGAAGCAGCUGAGGAAGAGAAGACCCAGAUCAGCCUCAUUCCCCCAGAAGAGCGGUGGGCCUGGGCUGAGGUGGAGCAGCCAGAGCCCCCUGCACUGCCCGUGGUGCCCGAACUCCCUGAAGUGCCCAUGGAGAUGCCUUUGGAGCUGCCUCUGGAGCCCGAGCUGCUCUCACUCCAGGCUGUGCACAGGGCAGUAGCACUGGAGCUGCAGGCCAACAGGGAGCCGGAUUUCAGCAGCCUGGUGCCACCUCUAAGCCCUCGCAGGAUGGCUGCCCGAGUCUUCUACUUGCUCCUGGUGUUGGCAGCCCAGCAGAUCCUACGCAUGGAACAAGAGAAGCCAUACGGGCGCCUUCUGAUCCAGCCGGGGCCCCGAUUCCACUCUGGUUAGAUCCGGUAUAAGAGCUGCCAAGAAACCAGCUACCUUAACCCACCUAUCACCUCCUGCCUUACUAGGCCCAGCCUGCCUCCUUUCUGGACAUGAAUUUCUAUCUCUGCUCUCAGAGCUACUGUUUAAAGCAGAAAAUGAACUGCCUUUAUUACA